UUCUUAGGCAUCAUUCUUAACAAAGAAGUUAAACAUUGGUGGGAAAAGAGUAAACCUUGCUAUAUGGGAUACAGCAGGUCAAGAGAGAUUCCAUGCAUUGGGUCCAAUUUACUACAGAGAUUCAAAUGGAGCUAUUUUAGUUUAUGAUAUAACAGAUGAAGAUUCUUUUCAGAAGGUAAAAAACUGGGUCAAAGAAUUGCGGAAAAUGUUGGGAAAUGAAAUCUGUUUAUGUAUAGUUGGUAAUAAAAUAGACUUGGAAAAGGAGAGACAUGUGUCCAUUCAAGAAGCAGAAUCGUAUGCAGAAUCUGUGGGAGCAAAACAUUAUCAUACAUCAGCCAAACAGAACAAAGGAAUUGAGGAACUCUUUCUUGACCUCUGUAAAAGGAUGAUAGAAACAGCACAAGUGGAUGAGAGGGCAAAAGGCAAUGGCUCCAGUCAACCAGGAGCUGCCCGGCGAGGUGUACAGAUUAUUGAUGAUGAACCUCAAGUCCAGAGCAGUGGUGGAGGGUGCUGUUCUUCUGGAUAACUGUUCACACCUCAGCAAUUAAAACAAACUGUGGAUCAUUGCCCUGAACAUGAAGACUGCCAUAUUCCAAGUCACAUUAUUUUACCAAUGGAAUUAUAGAAUUAACAGUAUUUUAAAUUACGUUUAUAACAUUGCAGAGACCUUAAGUGCUAAACUUAGUGGAGUUUGUGACCAGAGAAUUGGCAUUUUCUACAAAUGUUAACAAAGCAAUUACCAAUGGCCUUUUUACAUAUUUUUUUCUUUAAUAAGGAAUAAUAUGCAUGUAGAAAAGACCUACUUAAAGGCUUCAUUUAUAUUCUUUUAAAUCAAAUCUUUAUUUAAUAACUUAUAUAUGUUGUUGGAAUGGUAUACAUUUUGCAGCCCUUUGUAUUUUGUGGUAGUUUGAACUGUAUCACUUCCAAACAGUAAACUGUUUUUGUUUUUGUUUUUUAAUUAGCAAAUACCCGAAGUACUAUUUUUGCAGGGUUUGCACAGGUCCUUAUAACUGUCUACUACUUUGAUAUAAUCUAUAUACAUCCUGUAUGCUGAGCUGGUAAAAUACAUUGUAAAUUACAUAUUAAAUAUUUUAUCUGCUUUUACAAGCGCAAGGUGCAAAAAUAUAUACAAUAGUCUCAUUGAUGACUGUAAAGUGAUUAACAUUUGAUGAUAAUGCCUAAGCUUUCUGACUCUGAUAUAUAAAGAUCAUAGCUCCCUUCACUUUUGUCUUAACUUGAAAGUGGCGUGUUUAAAUUUUCACAAAUACUUUACUUGAAUUAUUGCUGUUGUCACAUGUUUUGGCCUCUGUAAGUUCAACCGAUGAUCGAGCAGUGGCAUUUGCCUUUUGGUUUGGGUUUUAUUUGUUUGUUUGUUUGUUUGUUUUUAUAAAACAGAUGACUUCUGCCAAUUUUGCUUUAGAAUGGUUAUCUUAGAAAUAUUUGAGUGGAGCAUGCUGAGUUUCACUUUUUCAACGGCUUUGGUUUUCUCUUAAGCUUCAUAUGAGAAGGGUUCAUUGAUGUAAGAAGAGAAAAAGGGGUCCCAGACAGUAGCCACUCACCAAGACUAAUUCAUGCAGCAUGUUAGUGGUAGUUUAUGCUCCUGAGACAGCACUUUUAGAUCUUUUGUGAGCAAGUUGUAUUUGCUUAAUGCUUGCCAGAGAUGAACACAGAAAGUUUUGUUUAAUUUUAUAAGAGCUGUUUUGAGUUUCUGUGAAGGGAAACAUUUCAUGAAAUGCAGUUACAGAGAACACUGGAAAGAUUUAUUAUAAAAUUAUAUUCUUGUAUACUUUGUAAAUUAGUCUCUCAUUAGAUUUUUUUUUUCAUUAAGCAUAGGACUGAACUUUAAUUUGUUAAUUUUAAUAUAAUCAGGCACUGCUCACAGAAGGAACACAAAUGGUAGACAUUAACAUAAAUUGUUUUUGCUCUAAUAUAUAUAUUUUUCCAUUUCUGUCAUGCUUGGAAAACUAGUAAAUGUUAUGUCUAAGAUAAAAUGGAAUGGUCCCUGGAUUUACUUCUAAUAAGAAGCAGCAGUAUCCAAUAAAGUUGUUAGCAUGCGCAAUUAAGAGGAUAUAAAGAA